AUGAAGGCCAAUGUGCCAAAAGCUUUCUUUACAAGCUUAACCACCUGUGAUGCCAUUUUCACUGAAUUACAGAUCUGUAUUCCUAUAUCACUUUGUUCUACAGCACUCCACAGUGCCCUGCAGUUCACUGUGUAAGACCUACCCUGUUUGGUCCUACCACAAUGCAACACCUCGCCAUUGUCUGCAUUAAAUUCCAUUUGCCAUUUUUCAGCCUAUUUUGCCUGCUGGUCCAGAUUCUGCUGCAAGCCAUGAUAGUCUUACUCGCUGUCCACUACAUCCCCAAUCUUACUGUCAUUUGCGAAUUUCCUGAUCCACUUAACAAAUAUAUCAUGCAGCUUGUUGAUGUAGAUGACAACAACGGACCCAGCAUGGAUCUCUGUAGAAGUCCACUAGUCAUAGGCCUCCAGUCAGAGAGGUAACCAUUGACUACUACUCUCUGGCUUCUCCCACAAAGCCAUUGUCUAAGAGGGGACACCUCUUUUUCCUCUUAUUAGGAAGAGAGAACGCCUGUGGCAUGUUGAAUUGUCAGCUGAUAGUUUUUUUUUGUUGUAAGCAGGUCAUGGUCUUUAUUGGGGAUUGCUAUUGCAUGCUUGGUGGGUGAAGGGUGCUGAUGCAUUUUUGCAGAAGUGGGUGGGGGUGGGAAUGGUUGUUACUUUGCUGUUGCUUGUGCAUUGGAAGGGGAGUUCUAAUGUUUCAAUUGGCAUUCAUUCUUCGGGGCACUCUUCUGUUUUUGUAGGUAUUUGUGAGGAUAGGUGUAUAAGAUGAUGAGAGGCAUUGAUCAUGUGGAUAGUCAGAGGCUUUUUCCCGGGGCUGAAAUGGUUACCACAAGAGGACACAAUUUUAAGGUGCUGGGGAGGAGAUGCCAGGAAUAUAGGCAAAAACAGAUCAAAUAAAAUGUCUCAGGAAACCAAAGAUUCCAGUGAUUCUAAUAUUGAAAAGAAAUCCACUGCAAGGAAAGAGAAAACAACUCGGAAGCAUCCCAGUACCAAAGAGACAUCAAAAUCACAAAAACACCCAACGAUUGCAAAUCCUGUUUUACUGAGAUCAGAUGUACCUCUUGAUUGCCAUCAAGAAUUGGAAAAGAAAAAGCAGCAAAUUCUUAUUGGACAGCUAAAAGCUGCUGAAUCACAUAAAAAGAUACAAGACAUGAGAUUCCGUUACCAAACAAUGAGAGCUGAAGAAAUCAAUAUUUUAAUAUCAUCCCAGCCAACAGCCAGAAAGGCUAUUCGAUUGGAGGCUCUUCUUCCACCAUAUGAGGAACAAAUUAACUUCAAGGAUACUUUGAAUAAACUGCAGAGAAAAAGAGUGGAAGAAAUCAUAGGUGAUGAAGCAGGGCUAACAAUAAAUCGAACCCUAUAAAGGCAAAAAAGUCACUGCAUUUGCUCCAGUUAACAGGACAUCUAAGGACAUUGUUUGUAACAUAUUUGCUCAGAAUUAAACUUUUGAAGCUCAGCAGUGACUUACUCAUUUCGAUAUAAGUAAUAAAGCUAUUCAAAAAUACAUUAGUAUGUAAUUAUCAAAGGAGUUCAAAAAUCAGUAGAAAUUCAUUAUUUUGUCAUUUUAUUUGAAUUUGUUUAACAUCUUUUAAUUGCCUGCUUUUAAAGUUGACCAAUAUCUGCAUAACACAAGUAAAUCUUACUAAACUUUGAAAGAACUAGAGAAAUUAUCAUUGACCUGACAGUAAACUUGUUUUCAUUUCAACACUGACUCUAUUUUCCAUCAGAAAUUUACAUAAAAUGUAAUUUAAAAUUCUCACAUUUUAGUCACAAUUCAAUGAUAUACAGAGGAUGGAAAACUUGUUUUAACUUCUAGUUCUGACUUUGAAUCCUUCCUACUUUAUUUCUUUCAGAAUCAAAUGAAUUUAAUAGAAAAUUGAGUUUAUAAUUGAAAUGGUGCAAGACUAUAGCUUGAUCUUGUAGUUAUAUAUGAAAUUCUUCUGUUUGUUUCAGUAAAUGAGAUUAGCAACAUUAACAAAAUGAGAACCAGAAAUUUCAUACAAAUUUGUUACUAAUAAUGCAGUUUAAUUGUAAAGCCCAAAGAUCAGGAUUUCUUUCAUAAUUUGGAGACUGAAGAGACUGGGAAUUUGGAGCAACAAACAAGAUGCUAAUGGAACUUAGUCAGACUUCAUCCAACUCUUGUCUGUUAUUUCAUAAUUUGCCUGGCUGCUGGUGUUUGCUUUGAAGUACUGAAUCUCAGUUGCAGUAGAGAAGUAACAAUAUGUUUUAGGGGGGAAAGGAAAAUGAUUGAAAUGGCUCACAUCUAAGUCAAUGCAGUAUUUGCUUAAUACCACUGCACAUAAGCCUGGCUUCUCUUCUCAGUGGUGCAGUGCUCUAUGUCAUUAUUUUAGCCUCCGUACUAAUUGGACUUCUUAAUGUACAAUGAUAGAAUUAGUAAAGAAUAACAGACCUGACUUGUCUCCAGCAAAGUCAGUGGCAGGGAAGCAGUCUGAAUCUUUCACUUCCUCCUAAUAACAGUAAGAAUUAGCAUGCCUCUUACAUUUUUAAAAUCUGUUGCAUUUCAUAAUGCUUGUUCUCCUCUUACCUACUCCAACACCACCAGCAUCCAAAAUCUCAUUUCCAAAGUUUUUCUCCCCUUACUUAAUACAUUUAUCAUCCAAUUGAUGGUAACUCAAUGUUGCUUGGAUAUUCAUUUCAAACACUCAGUCUAAUAUGAAAUAGAAGAUUACAGUAAAUUGUUUUUUUUACAAAACUAACGAGAUUUCUGCAAAGUAUUUAAAAUCUUUCAUUCGGGAUAUAUCUGUUACCCAAGUGUAAUUUUAUAAUUUAUUUCUGUACUUUCCUGUAAUGAAGAAGUAAAAUAACAUUAAACAUAUUGUUAAA